AUGGUGGAACGAGUUACGGAACACGAAAGCACUUCAGAGAGUCUAUGCAUUUGUCCGAGAGGAUACACUGGACCUAACUGUCAAUUCGAAGAAUGCACAAGAAGGUCACCAGUCACCUUCUCAGCCAAUGCCAAGACGUUCGUACUUGUAGCUGAAGUUACAAAGCAGAGUCUUGAUGCUGUCAACGGACUCAUUGCUCAGCUAUCCAGUAUCGUCAAAGGCGCCAUCGCUGAUCAUCCCAGUUGGUUUGUGAACUACGUCCUUGUCACUUUCGAUUGUGAGUAUUGUAAUCUGUUAGUGGUACGGAUGUUUUCAUAG